GCCUUGUUGCGUCGUCCGCAUUUUCGAACGACUGUCCUGUCUUUGAUAUUACUCGUGUACAACAAAGUGGUAGUGAUCACAGUGCUUGACGGUGCUAUCGAUUGUAGCGUGCAAUCUGUCGUGUGUUGAUAGUGACAACGGGUGAACGCACACUUUGGUGCAACUGACGAUCGAUCAGCGAACGGGAAAGUUCCGUAUAAAAUCUGUCUGUCUGUGUGUUGCUAUUAUAGCGGUGUGUUCUUCAAGACGAGUCGUUCCGGUGAAUGCUACUACUGUGCUCGUUUUGUUGUGAGAGUGCUGUUUCGGAAUUUUUGGGCAGUUUGAGACGUUGUUCUUGUUGCGUGUGUGCGUUUACAAGUAGUCGUCCAAAGCUGCCGCCGUCUACUCCACAAGCGUCUCCACAUACCUCCGCAGUUGUGCGAGCCACCCGGCCGAUUCGAAAGCGGACGGCAUGGCGAAAGACAAGAAGAAAAACCGCCGCCAGGAUGAUCAGAGCAGCGAUGACGAAGCAGAGCAGCCCACGGCAGCGGUUGCCAAGGGUUUGGGGGACGACAUCGAAAGAGCAAGAAAAGCGAACAAAAAGGACAAGGGCAAAGAAAAACAGGACAAAGAUACUGAGCUCGAUCAGGCCAACCGGAACACAUCUAAAAAUGAUAACAGUGACGAUAAUGAGACUCCUGAGCCAGCAAAAGCUAAAAAGAAGGACAAGAAAAAAGCUACCAAAAAAAAGCAGGAUUCUUCGGAUGAUGAUAUGCUUGACCUUGUUAAAAGGGCGGCCCUUGGUGAAGCCGGAAAUAGCGAUGACGAAAUAGCCGUUAUAGCUCCCAAGAGCAAAGCAAAAAAGGUCAAAGGUGGCUUCGCUGCACUUGCUGUAGAGGAUGACGAUGAAGAAGAAGUUAUGACUGUAACUCCCGCGAAACUAAAGAGCGGGUUUGCGGCACUUAUGGACGACGAAAGAUCCGACAAUGAUGACAUAGAGACUCAAGACUCCGAAAAGUUCAUUGAACCGGUGAAAAAAGAAAAACGGGAGAAGAAAAGAACGAAAUUGAUUGCGUUUUCACACAACAGUGACGAUGAUAAUGCGAAUGUUGUUAAACUCGAGGACUGUCCUGACUCGGACAAUGAAAAGGCGAUCAAAAAAGAAAAAAAAACUAAGGAUAAAAAAGGCAGAAAAGGUAAAAAAGACGCCCUUGAAGAGGGCGGUGGAGGCGAAGAGGACCUUGACAAAUUAUUAGCUGAUAUGAAUAUUGAGAUUAAGGAGGAUCCUGCCAAAAAGGAUAAGAAGAAAAAAAAGAAGAACAAAAAAGAGGCCGAAGGCGAUGGUGUAGAAACAGAAAUUCAGAAGGAAAACGUCAUAGAGCAACAAAAAGAUCCGGUCAGCACGGAAGAUGCUAUAAACGAUAAAGUUGAACCUGUUGAUGACGAAGUAGCGGGUGCUACCGCCGACGAUAAGAAGAAAAAGAAAAAGAAAAAAAAGAAGGACGAAAGGGAGACAUCUACUGCACCAGGUAACAAGGAAAAUGGCGAAGGACAGGAAGUUGCCGAGGAAGAGACUGGUAAAAAGAAGAAAAAAGACGCCAAAGGAGCCAAAGGCAAAAAGCCCGGAAAAGCUGCCCUGGCCCACAUGCAAGAGACACUCCGCCAGGUGAAAGAGGUGGAGGAACGUUUGAAGGCUGAAGCUGAGGAAAAGGCUCGCCUUGAGGAAGAAGCCGAGCGAUUGCGACUGCAAAAAUUGCAAGAGGAGAAGGAAAAAAAAGAGCUGAAAAAGCAGCGCGAAAAAGAGAAAAAGGAACAGCUUAGGUUGCAAGGAAAAUUGCUCACAAAGGCUCAGAAACAGGCUCAGGCUCGGGCUGUCGCAGCACUUGAAGCUCUACGAAUGCACGGUUUGAAUGUACCAGACAUCAACGACCGCCCGGAGAGUGGCAAACCGGGACGAGCCCCAAUUUUCCGACGAAACAAGGAUAAGAAUAAGGUGACUAAACAAGCAGAUGCGUCGCAGCCGGCAGCAGUGUAUGAGACAACAGCGAAGGAACCGGAAACGGUUCAAGUGGAAAUAAAGGAUGCUACACCGUCGACGGGAACAGAGAGCGGUGUCACCGAUGAAAAGAAAGCAGGCGACUCCGAAGAUGAUGUGCGUGAAGCCUGGGAUGAGACCAGUGAAUCCGAAGGAGAGCCGGAAAAACCUGCACCCACGACUGUCAGUAGUGGAGACGACACAAAAGUUGAUAUAAAAUCGAUCGAAGCAAAGGCAACACUAAAGGUGGCGGCCUCCAAGAAGGUAGAGGUUUCCUCAGGAGAUGAAGAAGAUGAGAGCGAAGAGGACUCAUCAGAAGAAGGAUCCUCGGAAGAUGAAGAGUCAAGUGAAGAUGAAGAAAGCUCCGAUGAUGACGUAGAAGAUCGAAAGGAGAAACUACGUCAAAAGGUUUUGGAAAGAAUUAGAAAACGGCGAGAAACGAAUGAAAAGAAUCGCUCAACGGACCACCUCAGAAGUCCCGUUAUCUGCGUGUUGGGUCACGUCGAUACGGGAAAAACGAAGAUUCUCGAUUAUAUUCGCCGAACGCAUGUACAAGACAACGAGGCCGGCGGAAUCACACAACAGAUUGGUGCAACACAGGUUCCUGUCGAAGCCAUCAAGGAGCAAUGCAAAGCAGUGAAGGAUUUUGCCAGCAAACCGCUGCGAAUUCCUGGCGCAUUAAUUAUCGAUACGCCCGGUCACGAGUCGUUUUCAAAUCUCCGUUCACGAGGUUCAUCACUCUGCGAUAUGGCAAUCCUCGUGGUCGAUAUAAUGCAUGGUCUUCAACCGCAGACGAUAGAAAGUAUCAAUCUGUUAAAGAGUAAAAAAACACCAUUCGUCGUUGCAUUAAAUAAAAUUGAUCGCUUAUACGACUGGAAGGGUAACAAACACAAGGACAUAGUAGAUGUUAUCAAAGCACAACGAAGUAAUACGAAGAUGGAGUUUGAAAAGCGUGCCCGUAGCGUAAUAACGCAAUUUGCCGAGCAGGGUCUCAAUGCAGCUCUUUUCUACGAAAACCCCGACCAAAAGUCGUUUAUUUCGCUUGUACCUACUUCGGCAUUCAGUGGCGACGGAAUGGGCAACUUAAUCUCACUUGUUGUGGAGCUUACUCACAAGAUGUUGGCUUCAAGGAUCGCGUACAGUGCGGAGUUGCAGGCUACAGUGCUUGAAGUUAAAGCAAUUCCAGGUCUAGGGACGACCAUCGACGUGAUUGUUGUAAAUGGGGAACUCAAGGAAGGUGACACGAUGGUGCUUGCGGGUCACGAGGGGCCAUUGGUUACUCAAAUCCGGUCGUUGUUAAUGCCCCAACCGCUUAAAGAGUUACGUGUCAAAAACGCGUACCAAGAGUUUAAAACCGUUAAGGGUGCCCAGGGAGUAAAGAUUGCCGCUAAGGACCUAGAUAAGGCCAUCGCCGGCCUGAAUGUUCUAGUGGCUCAUCAUCCAGAUGAGAUUGAUAUUCUAAAAGAGGAGAUUGCGCGUUCCGUUAAGGAAGUAAUGAGUAGUUUCAAACUACAGGAGCAGGGUGUCUACGUGCAAGCGUCUACGCUUGGCUCGCUCGAAGCACUUCUUGUAUUUCUACGCGAGUCAAAAAUUCCCUAUUCCGGUAUCCGAAUUGGGCCUGUUGCUAAGAAAGACGUCAUGAAGGCUUCUGUCAUGCUUGAGCACGACAGCCAAUACGCCGUCAUUCUAGCUUUCGAUGUUAAGACUGAUCGCGAUGCCCAGGAGCUUGCAGACCACGUCGGUGUGAAGAUCUUCUCUGCUGACAUCAUCUACCACUUGUUCGACAAAUUUACGGCAUAUAGAGAGGACCUUCGUGCCAGAAAACGCGAGGAAUUCAAAAACAUUGCUGUUUUCCCGUGUAAACUUCGAGUGUUACCCGACUGCAUCUUCAACAAACGCGAUCCCAUUAUAAUAGGUGUGGUGGUUGAGGGGGGUAUAGUGAAAUUGGGCACCCCGCUCUGUGUGCCAACCAGAGAGAAUCUUUUCAUUGGGACAGUUUCCAGUAUCGAAAUCUAUCACAAACAGCAGGAAACAGCUAGAAAGGGUCAAGAGGUAUGCGUCCGAAUUGAGAAUACGACAGGAGAUGCACCGAAGCUGUAUGGACGGCAUUUUGACUACACAGACCUGCUGGUAUCAAAGAUCACCCGAGAAUCAAUUGACGCCUGCAAGAAUCAUUUUAGGACUGACCUCACCAAACAGGACUGGCAGCUCAUGGUUGAACUCAAGAAGGUUUUCGAGAUUAUGUGAACAACAGUGGAAUUUAGACUUGGGCAUCGUACCGUACAUGGGGCGAAUAUUCCACCUUCCCUGUCUAUUAGGCCCUCGUUAAGUAACGAAGAAAUUAAGCCUCUGAUAAAGAUGAUAUAUCAAAUCGAACAGAAUUGAGAUUCCCGACUCAUUACAUGAAGAAAGAAAUGAAAUUACGGAAUCAAAAGUGGUCGCGUAUCAAGCCUAAUCGCAACGGUUUGUGCGCUACUAGCUAACUUGACAAUAUAUAUAUAUAUACAUAUAUAUUUAGGAAGAUACUAUAUCUUAUAAAUGUAUGCCUGAUGUGAUUUUGUGUAGCCUGGCUGUUUUCAAACAUCCAUGUUAGCGGGGAAUAACAUGUCGUUGAAGAAAUAAAGUGGUUUAUACAUAUUCGUGCAAAAACGAGGGUUUCUGAACCAUCCAUAACGAAUUACAGAUAAUGAAAAAACUAUUACAAAGCGCACCUAUAAUGGUUAGGAAUCAAACGUAAAUGGGAUCUGCAUAUGUGACGACGCAAAGAUUGUACAGCGUUAGAGAUAUCCCCGGUGUAUGACGUACAACUGCGCUUGGGGUCCGCCAGCAAAAAUAUCAAAUUCCUGCCUAUUGACAGAUUUAUAAGGCUUGCCUGCAAGAGGGUAGGUAAGAUAGCUAUACACAAAGAAUUAUAAAUUCAAGAAUGUGUGAUUAUAGUUAUAUCUCUGUUGAAUUUGCAGAAGAUAUUUGUUGUUGGUAAGGGCAAACGUAGGGUAACAGAACACGGUGAAAGAUGGUUAUGUUAAAGUCUCUUUCGUUCGCUGUGAAGAACAGAUGAUGAACGUGAUUACUUUAACAUUCAAUAAAUAAAUGUUGUAUUAUCUUUGUACAGAAC